UAAUUUCCGGGUUAUGUUCUCGGUUUAUUCACGAGUUCGCUGACCAUUUCUUGCUUAUCCUUAGAAUUACUUCAUAAGUGUACAUUUUAAAUACCUCGCAUUACUAAGUGGGGGUUUAAAUAAUGUAUAAAUGGGUGCGGCUCUGUGGGGUGUGUUCCUGCAGGUCAAUUUUGAGGACAGUGCAGAAGGGUCAGAACAGAAUGACGCCUGACGCUCAGCUACAGAUUGAGAUUCCUCUCCACAAGUCUUAUUUAAAAGGGUUCAGUCCAUGUCGAAGAUUUUGCCAUAACGACCCAGGUGAUCUGCUGCGGCACGAAUCAGUUCAAAAGUACCUGCACGGCCUGGUUGAUGAGUACAGGGACAUCAGUCAGAAGUUACAGAAUCAGAACGAAUCAGCCAGUGAAUCAGAGAGGAGAGCAAUGAACAAAAGACACAUAGAUCUCAUGCCUCUGGGAACAGCUUUUGAGAACAUUGAGAAUGCCGUGAAGGACCUCAAAGAGCUCGAAGCACUUUUGCAAAGCAGUUCAGUUGAGGAAGACCCUCGCAUGAUGGACUUAUUGAAAGAAGAGCAUGCUGACAUUUCAAAACGACUGCAGAAACUCCAAGAAGAACUGCUGCAGACCCUUACACCUUGUGACAGACAUGACACCGACGAUGUCAUUUUGGAAGUGGUGUCAGGUCGAACAACAGGAGGUGACAUCUGCCAGCAAUUUACAAAGGAAGUGUUUGAUAUGUAUGAAAAUUAUGCAAAUAAUAAAAACUGGAAUUUUGACAUUUACAAUUAUACUCCUUCUGACUACGGGGGAUUACAUCAUGCAGCAGUGCGAAUUUCAGGGGAGAAGGUUUACAGGUUGCUAAAGCAUGAGGGUGGCACACACCGCGUGCAGAGGAUCCCUCAGAUUGGACUGUCGUCGCGAAUGCAGCGGAUCCACACUGGAACCAUGACUGUGAUUGUGUUGCCCCAACCCAACAAGAUAGAUCUUGAUAUAGACCCCAAGGAGUUGCAGGUUGACACUUUCCGAUCUCGAGGACCAGGUGGUCAAAGCGUCAAUACAACAGACAGCGCUGUCAGAAUAGUUCAUAUUCCUACAGGCAUUACAGCAGAGUGCCAAGAGUCUCGGUCCCAGUUAAAGAAUCGUGAGACUGCCAUGCGGGUGCUGAGAGCCAGGAUCUACCAGCAGAUAAUAGACAAGGAGAAUGAAGAAAGGCUCAGUACACGUAAGCGUCAGGUGGGGACCCGCGCUCAGUCAGAAAGGAUUCGAACGUAUAACUUCACCCAAGACCGUGUGACUGACCACAGGAUAGGUCACGUGACACGCGAUGUCAAGGAAUUCCUGCAGGGAGGACAACUACUGGAUGAACUGAUCACAGCACUGGUGAAGCAUGCAGAGAAGGAAUCUCUCUUGGAGCUGGUUACACAAAGCACACAGCUGCAGAACAGGCAUUGAUGACAUAAAACUGCAGAAGGGGGACAUUACUGUCUAUAGCCAUUGAGAAUGUAACCCUGUAACUAUGAUCAUAAUCAGUGACUUUUUAUAUUCAGUCAUUAUGAGAUUUGUUUUUUUUCUGGAAUGUAAGUAGCUUUUAAAUUUAUUACAUAAUGUCUCUAACCAAAAAGGAUGCAAAGAUAUGUUAUGUUCAAUUUAUAUUGAUAUGAGCCACUGCUGAUUAUUUAGGAAAGAUGUUCAGAUUAUCAGAAAAGUACAUGCUGAUAGCUGUGGAUUGGUAUAAAAUUAUUUUGUGUAGUGGAAGGAAGCCUUGUUGUUACUCCUCCAGACAUAACAGCUGUUGUCAGAUUGAAGAGAUGUUUCUAAUGCAUCUGCAUGGUAAUUUAUUUUAUGUGGUUUCAUGCACUCCUUCCCCAUAUAUUUGUCCACACUGUCACUCAGGAUGAGGAACAGCAAGCCAAAUCUGCCCUUGUACUAGGUGUCAGGGAGCCUCUAUGUAUGCAGAAUUAUGUAGUCUUGGUGUUUUCACCCUGGAGAGAAUUCAUUAGUGCACACCCAAACAAAAGUGGGGAAUGCAGUAUUAAAUAUUUAAAUGAUCAAGCAGACAGUCACACUGGGUGUGGCUUACUAUCAGCUGUUGUGCACACACGUUUUGAACAUAUCUCCCUCACCCUUCAAGCCAUGUAAGAGAGCACUGUAUCUGUCUCAGCCAGGCAGUGCAGAGGGAGUUGCCCUUAGAUCAAAUAAUGCAAAUGCUACCACAGUAUACAUAAAUCAUCUUGGAAAAUAAUUUAUAAUGCAUCUACAAAUACAACUCACUUAAAAACACAAAUGCAUUCAUUUAGCAAAGGAAAUAUUGUAUACAGGGAAAAGCAGAGACCCUUUAUUUAGUAAACAGGACUCUGGGCCUGCAUGAAAUACUUUAACAUGCAUGAUCUUGAUUGAUAUUUCACUCAUGUUUUUGACACAGAAAUCCAAGGAGUAACAUCACAUUUCCACAUUACAUGCCAAUGGGUGGGCCCAACCUGAGAACAGUGGUUAUAAAAUUUCCAGCUUACCUGCAAACAGCUCCAAUGUGGAACUUAGUGGAAGAUAUCCCACCUAUUUGCCCCACAAACCCCCUUUCCUUCAUAUCCCAUUAAAAAAGUUAACAGUAUGGGAAAAAUCAAGAUUUCCCACUGUAACUUGCAGGACUCCAAAGGAGCACUUUUACCACAUAAAACAUGCAAUUAAACAUUUUUACAAAACCUAAAUUCAAUUUUCUAAAAUUAGAAAUGUCAAUAAAGGAAACCAAAACAGAAUUUCUUUUGGUGAGAUAAAUCCAGAAGUAAUGAUUAAUUUAGAAAAUUAAACUAGUACAAAGAACAGACGCAUGAAGCUCACACACAGGUGAUUCAACAAGCGCUGAAGUGAGAAAAAUGGGGCUCUCUGAUAGACCAGCUGGUGAAGCUGAAGUCCAU